CCUCCCUUCGCGUUGACGCGGCUUGGCCCGGCAGCGCUCCCACACCCUCACGCCCCAACCCGUCGCCUCCUCCACGCCCGGCCUGGAACAUGGCGGCCCUCAAACUCCUCUCCGCCUGGUCCCCGCUCUGCGCCUCCGCCCGCCUCACCGGGGGCGUCUGGUCCAAGGAAUGUGUUUGCUACUUUUCAACCAGCACGCGUCGCCACACCAAAUUCUAUACAGAUCCAGUGGAAGCUGUACAAGACAUCCCUGAUGGCGCAACAAUACUGGUUGGUGGUUUUGGGUUAUGUGGAAUUCCAGAGAAUCUUAUAGGAGCCUUGCUGAAGACUGGAGUGAAAGGCCUGACUGCAGUCAGCAACAAUGCAGGGGUUGACAACUUUGGGCUGGGCCUUUUGCUUCGAUCCAAGCAGAUAAAACGCAUGGUCUCUUCAUACGUGGGAGAAAAUGCAGAAUUUGAACGACAGUACUUAAGUGGUGAAUUAGAAGUAGAGCUGACACCUCAGGGCAAGCUUGCAGAGCGGAUUCGUGCAGGCGGGGCUGGAGUUCCCGCCUUUUACACCAGCACCGGGUACGGGACCCUAGUGCAACAAGGAGGGGCACCGAUCAAAUACAACAAGGAUGGCAGCAUUGCCAUUGCCAGUAAGCCGAGAGAGGUGAGAGAGUUUAAUGGUCAGCAUUUUAUUUUGGAGGAAGCAAUUACUGGAGAUUUUGCUUUGGUGAAAGCGUGGAAGGCAGACCAAGCAGGAAACGUGAUUUUCAGGAAAAGUGCAAGAAAUUUCAAUUUGCCAAUGUGCAAAGCUGCAGAGACCACAGUGGUAGAGGUUGAAGAAAUUGUGGAUAUUGGAUCAUUUGCCCCAGAAGACAUCCAUAUUCCUAAGAUCUAUGUACAUCGCCUCAUAAAAGGAGAAAAAUAUGAGAAAAGAAUUCAGCGUCUAUCAGUCCGGAAAGAGGAGGAUGUAAAAACCAAAUCUGGUAAACCUGGAGAUAAUGUGAGGGAGCGGAUUAUCAAGCGGGCAGCUCUUGAAUUUGAGGACGGCAUGUAUGCUAAUUUGGGCAUAGGAAUCCCACUUCUGGCCAGCAACUUUAUCAGCCCAAAUAUCACAGUUCAUCUGCAAAGUGAAAAUGGAAUCUUGGGUUUGGGUCCGUAUCCACUACAAAAUGAAGUUGAUGCAGAUCUAAUCAAUGCAGGCAAGGAAACAGUUACUGUUCUUCCAGGAGCCUCUUACUUCUCCAGCGAUGAAUCAUUUGCGAUGAUUAGAGGGGGACAUGUCAAUCUAACAAUGCUAGGAGCAAUGCAGGUUUCCAAGUAUGGUGACCUAGCUAACUGGAUGAUACCUGGGAAGAUGGUGAAAGGAAUGGGAGGGGCUAUGGAUCUAGUGUCCAGUGCGAAGACCAAAGUGGUGGUCACCAUGGAGCAUUCUGCAAAGGGAAAUGUACAUAAAAUCAUGGAGAAAUGUACAUUGCCACUGACUGGAAAGCAAUGUGUCAACCGCAUCAUUACUGAAAAGGCUGUGUUUGAUGUGGACAACAAAAAAGGACUGACUCUGAUUGAACUCUGGGAAGGCCUGACCGUGGAUGACAUAAAAAAGAGCACUGGGUGUGAUUUUGCAGUUUCACCAAAACUCAUGCCAAUGCAGCAGAUCACAACUUGAAAUGUGAAAUAGACAUUUGUCCUAGACUGUGUGUUUUUCAUUUUAAUCACAUAGGAUUUCAUUGAAAGGGUAUCAGUAAUCGUAAUUGUAUGUCUCAUGUAGUUUUUGACUAGUUUUCUUCAAGCAUUUUCCACUGUACCUAGCCAUAUAGACUUUGUUCUCUCAAGUGUGCUAUGACAUCUUAAUGAAAGGCAACAAAUAAAUAAAUAAAUAAAAAUUUAAAAGAAAAAAAAAA